GGCAGCUCUUCGCCGGGGCCUUUAGCAGCUCCCAGUUCUGCAAGUCCAGCCAGCAGCAUCAACAGCGCGACCCUUACCAGACCUGCGGGAACCACAGGGUUGAGGAGUGGCUUGCCAAGACCGAGCACCCCCGGCACGGGGGGCAUCCCAGUGCCUCGCAGCAAACUCACACAGCCCAUGCGCAGCCCCUGCUGGCUUUCCUGCUGGCGCUGCUCUUCGCCCUCGACGAGGUGGCCGCCGUGGCCGUCCUGCUCUGCGGCUGCUGCCCCGGCGGGAACCUCUCCAACCUCAUGACCCUCCUGGUCGACGGAGACAUGAACCUCAGCAUCAUCAUGACUGCCUCCUCCAUCGUGCUUGCUUUGUUCCUGAUGCCUCUUUGUCUGUGGAUCUAUAGCCGCGCUUGGAUCAACACCCCAUUCGUGCGCCUGUUGCCUCUGGGGGCUGUCACCCUGACCUUGUGCAGCACUCUGCUCCCUAUCGGCCUUGGGGUUUUCAUCCGCUACAAAUACACACGGCUGGCAGACAUCCUCGUGAAGGAAUGUCACGCUAAUUACGGAGCAUUAAUCAGGGACAAAAAUUUGAAUUGUGCCAGAGGAGAUAGUGAAGAGGACACAGACGUUUCUUACAAGAAACUGAAAGAAGAAGCGAUCCCAGAAAUUUCCUACGGCACAGUAAUGGCUGAGGAUCGUCGUGGUCCAGUGGUUAUGGAACCGACACAGAUGGUCCUCUGAGAGAAGAUCUUAAAAAACCCUUGUUUGAAAUAAACUGGUCAGCCAAGUAGGAGAAACAACAGGGAACCCCCUAAGCAUUUGUUGUUAUGCUGGCUUCUUUCAUUGUACUCGGAAAUAGUUGUUUUCACAAGCUGCACAACCAUAUAAAUCUCUUCAACCCAUUCUCAAAAAAACGAUGCCAUCCCCACAUCAGCACACCAGAAAAGACAAAGGAACAGAAUACAAUGAG